CAUGAACUCAAGGCCAUUUGUUGGCGGGUGACAUUUUUCAAUUUGACGUUGGGCAUGACUUUCUAAGUAUCUGAUGUAAAUACGAAGAAACUUUUUUCCUCGAGUUUUCUUAUCAGAACAAAAUUUAAAAGAAAAAUGUCAACUGUAUAUGUGGAUCGUGGAAUGGCAUGGUGUACAGUCGUUGGUGGUUUUGUUGCCAACGUUCUCUUGGGUGGCUUGGGGAAAUCCUACAGUCUAGUUAUGGAAGCCUUUCAAGAAGUAUUUGAGAGCGGAUCCGCCUACUUAUUUCUUGCCGGUGGUUUAAUUUAUACCCUAAUGUAUUGUUUAUCUCUGGUUAAUUAUCAUCUUUCUAAACGGUACGGAAGUCGACCUGUCGUGGCGGUGGGUGCUUUUGGUUCGUGUAUCAGUUUGCUAAUUGCUGCCUGUUCACCGAAUCUUGCACUAUGGGUAGUUGCUGUCGGUUUCGGAGUAGGUGCCUCACUGUCAUGUAUAUACUUUACUGUAUUCGCUGUUGUCGGUUGCUGUUUCAAACGAUAUUUGGGCCUGGCGAAUGGGAUUAGUGUGGCUGGUGUUAGUGUUGGUCAAAUGGUAUUUCCCACACUGAUUACCCAUUUGAAUGUGACAUACGGGGCUAGAGGUGGGGCAGUUGUUAUGGCAGCUAUCUGUUUACAUUUACUAGUGACUGCCGCAUUGAUGCCAAGGUAUAUCAUUGAUCCAGAUGCCCCCCAACCGGCAGAAAAUAGUAAUAAUAAUAAAACAAGUAAAAAUAAUAGUUCACAUAAAAAGGCGAAAUCGAAAGAAGGCAAACAGUUGUUAUCUGUUAUGGAUUCGUUAAAUAAUUCUCAAGAUGGUAAAGACGACGGUGUUGGUGUUAAGGAUUCAACGCUGAAUAACCCGGUGGAUGAGUUUUUCUCAAAGUUAGAUGAUCAAAGAGAUGUUAUUCAUUCAGGGAAGAAUAUUGAUUCGUCAGUGGAUGUUUUAUCGACAUCCACAGUGUCAAAAGGCUCUUCUUCUGUAGUAUCGUCAAAAUCUCGUAAUGCGAAACGGCUAACACGUGCUCUAUUGAUUAUAUAUAUAGUGGCUAAAGCGUUUGGAGAUGUUGGCGAUGUGAGUGUAUCGUUCAUCGCGCCUCUGUUUGGAACGGAAUUAGUACUAAGUUCUACAACAAUCAAUCGGGCUAUUGCGCUGUCUGGUGUCGGAGAUCUCAUCACACGUCUUGGUGUGGGUUGGCUAACUGAUAGAACGAUUUGUAUUGGCCGACGGGGAUUAUUGUUGGGUGUUACUUGGUUGGUUGAAGGGUUGAAUGCUUUCGCAUUUUCACAGCUACAUCUCUUGUCGGGAAAAUAUCAUGCAAAUAGUCCACAGAAUGAUGAUUCGGUGACAAUUAAAAUGCUGUACUACCUUUGUUUCACUAUCCACGGGAUAUGCAGUGGUACAGCUAUGACACAAAUGGUUGUUGUACUGACAGAUUGGGUUGGUUCUGGCCAGUUGGCACGUUCGCUCGCCAUUACAAUGGUCAUUCUGGGAUUAGUCAUCUCUCCAGGACAAUUUCUUAUGGGUGUUAUCGCUGAUUUCUCUGGUUCCUAUGUUUGGUCAUUGUAUGUCUGUGGUGUCAUCCUCCUGUCUGCCGGUUUCAUUCUUCUUUUGGAAUUCCCUGUUCGUCGGCUGUAUCCACUCAGGUAUUUGGGCUUGAAUACGAAUACCUACCGUAAUAACAUCAAUAAUAAUAAUGUUAAUGAUAAUAAUAAGGGUAGUAAGCUGUGCAUCACUGUCGAAGAUGAUAUCGAAGGUGGUGAUCUUGGCAAUGGAUUAGUCAUCAAUGGUCACUGCGGAGAUCCGAACGUCGGUAAGAACUCCGAAUUGUUGUUCCCUACAGCACCACCAAACGAUGACACAAAAUGGGAAAUUAUAGAUUCUGAUAUUGAGAAUAAUGUGAACAAUACUACAGAGCUUUUAAACACCUCAAAAAAUCGACUGAAUCGCUCAUAAUCGAUCGAUAGAUGGAUACCUCACAUGCUGUCACUGUCUUCGCUGGCAAUGAGAACCUGGAACAAAAAGAAGCGCACACUGAAGCCUUUGUGUGUUCUUUUUGUUUUCGAUUCCUUUCUUUGUGCUCCAUUCUUCCUCACCCCCUUCUUGUACUUUCUGAGCCCCCCCCUCUCUCUGUGCUUAUCUUAUCUUGUGCUUGUUGUACUUUUUGUUUUACUUAUUUAACAUUUUAAUGUCUGAUAGUUUAAUCAUCUACCCCCUGCGCCCAGUUUUUCAUUUCUUUUCUCGUUAUUCUCUAUUUCCAUGAUUCCCGCCCACGCAGUCUGCUUUCCUUCUCAUCCCUCUCCUAUUUGACCAAUAAAAACGUCCAAUCAACCAGCAAACUAAUCGUCACAAAGGGAGAAAAAAAAUGCAGAUGCGGUAAAAAUGAAUUCAUUUACCUUCUUGAUUUGUUUUUUUUUAAAAUUUGAUUUUUGCUGCUUUCUCAGUGGCUGUACAAUUAAAUUAUGUAGAUUAUAUAUUUAUAUAUGCAUAUAUUUUUCGUCAGUGAAAUUGGCCUCGAGUGUUUCCGUGAGUGUUCAUGUCUUCUCCUCUUGGUAACAAUUAUACAGCUGUAUUUAGUAUACUCCAUACUACCACUAAUAAUAUGAAUAAUAUUAAUAGGCAUAUUCUCUCAUUUUCUCUUUUUGUUUAAUUUUUUAAAAUUUCCUUUAAUAUAUUUUGGGAUUUUUUCUCUCGUUUAUUUGUUCUUUUGUUAUAAUAAGUUACGUAUAUAUUCUGUCUGUAGAACAUCAGGGUAAAUUUUAUUUUUUCUAACUAGCCUUUCUUUCGUUGUAUGAUUUUCAUUGAAUUCCCCUUUCCACUUACCUACAAACAUCGCCGCCGCCGUCAUCUGAUGGUGAUUGGUCAUAGUGACGACUGUUUCUUCAACUGGAGAUCUACAACAACUACUACCACUGGUGACAGUUUGUAGUGCGCUUCCUCCCAUACCCUCCGCAUUAUUGAAGGAGUAGUUGGGUAAUCUUGUUUGCGUGUUCUUCCUGCUGUUCUUGGUUGGUGACGUUAUUGUCACUGUUCAUUGUGUCUGUGGGUAGGUGGGUACACUUACUUGGUUUAGUUCCUUUAGGCUUCCAUCUUUUCGAGUUUUAUCUCUUCCGAUUGUUUUCCGGUGAUGUUUCUUCUAAUUUCUAGUUGUUCAAUUACAUACAUACACAUCUUGUUUAUCUCUGUUUAGCCUUUAUGUAUUUUGUAGUAUGUUACCUGCAAUUGUUAUUGAUUCAGUAAUGAUAAAAAUAAUAAUAAUAAUGUUAAUUAUAAUAAU